AUGGCGGCAACGGACGCGCUGACGGCGAUCGUAGCGCCGAUGGCCGUCGACGGGUACCUCACGCCUUGCGAAGUGUUGCGCAUGGGCCUCGUGUGCAAGGACAUGCGCGCGUCCUUGGCAGACGCAAGUGAUGCGAUCUGGCGGCGCUUCCUAUCACGGUAUGGUGGCCGCCUGGCCGACACGCGCCACGACGCGUUCGCUUCGCCGUACCGCGACAUCGUAGCGCACCCGCUCGUUCUUUUGCUCCGCGCCGAGUACGACUUUGCGCUGGACCCGCGUGAUGACGGCGUUCCGAGCGACGUGUUGGCAGCCUUUGCUGCCACGUAUGUUGCCCGCUACGUGCACUAUGGCGACCGCAUCUGGAGCGUCUACAACGACAGCUACCAGUGCAACGUUCUUGGCCUCACGCUGCGCCACGACGCUGUCGAAGUACAUUUUCACGUGACCGGCGAUCAAACGGAAGGCGACCUGCAACACCCGCGCCACGCGACGCUGCACGUCGAUGGUCAUGCGCUCAAGCCCGUGCGCAUGUGGCUCAUCGACGCAGAUCCGUCAUCGUCCUACGCAGGAAUCCUGCGCUACGAGACGCAAGUGAUGCGCGACAGCGAGCUCCGAUUCGAGUAUGGCUGGAGUGGCUACUCGGACGCAACGCUCUGUGCAUUGACCGACCACUUUUGCUACGCACAUGCCCUUGACCACAAGCUUGUCGUCAGGGGUCUCCCUCGCAGCCGUUCCCGGGCGACGACAGAAGAGCAAGAUGCGCCACCCCGCCGCCGCCUGCGCAGCGACGGCCCGGUGAGCGAAUGA